AUGGCGCUCCUCCCGCUGGUCCUCGCGGUCCUCAUCGUCUCCUGCGCCGCGCAGCAGCCACCGGUGCAGCCGCCGCCAACGCCCAACGCGCCGCCUGCCGGCAACCCGCCUCCUGCUCCCAACGCGCCUCCGGCAGACCCCGCCUCCAGCGCCCGCCACCCCGCCGCCAUCACCGCCCAUGUCGCCACCACCCGCCACACCUCCUCCGAUGGCGACCCCGCCGUCGAUGACGCCCACGACUUCCCCGACCGUCGCACCGACGACAUCGCCCACCGCGACGCCGUCGAUGUCUCCGACCAGCCCCAAGACGACCUCCCCGACAAGCUCACCGACUUCGUCUCCCACUCUGGCGCCCGCAGGCACGCCGGUGACGGACAGCAGCGCCUCCAGCGCGCGCGCGGCCGGCGUCGCGGCGCUGGUGGCCUUGGCGAGCGCGGGCCUCGCCGUCUUCCUCUGAGCAGUCGGGCGGUGCAUGCUGUGUCCUCCUUCCCGCGCGUCGCUGCUGCUUUUUUCUUCUUUCGUGGCGUUAUUUAAUUUUUACCGGUGGUGCUACUAUGGUCGAUCGAUUCUUGAUGAUGUACUACGAUGAUGCAUUGGUUGUCCGUCCCGUCCCGUCUCGUUUUCCUUUUGAUGAUCGGCGGGUGGUGGUUGGUUAAGUUUAGUGCAUGUUCUGCUCUGUACUGUACGUGAGUUACUGCUCCAUUUUGGUUAUAUAGAGAGGAUUUUGUGUAUAUUUUCAGUGUACUCCAUUAUCAUUUCCGUGCAUCCAAUAAAUUCUCCACGCAGCUUAUUCA